GCCAUGGCCGACGACUUACCUGCCAUCGAAAUUGUCGGUAACAAGUUCUUCUACUCCAACAACGGAAGUCAAUUUUUGAUGAAGGGUGUUGCCUACCAACAAGACACCUCCAACUCCUCAUCUUCUGACAGCUCCGACUUUGUGGAUCCUUUGGCCGAUGGGUCCAGUUGUAAGAGAGAUAUUCCUUACUUGCAAGAGUUGCAAACAAAUGUCAUUAGAGUUUACGCUUUGGACGUCACUCAGGAUCACUCCGAGUGUAUGGAAUUGUUACAAGAAGCUGGGAUUUAUGUGAUUGCAGACUUGUCGAUACCCGAUGAGUCCAUCAACAGAGCCGAUCCCGAAUGGACCGUCGACUUGUUCAACAGAUAUACCGGGGUGGUGGACUUAUUCCACAACUACACCAACGUAUUGGGAUUCUUUGCUGGUAAUGAGGUCACUAACGAGGUGUCCAACACCGACGCUUCGGCCUUUGUCAAGGCUGCUGUUAGAGACACCAAGGCCUACAUCAAGGCCCAAGGUUACAGACUGAUUCCUGUGGGUUACUCUGCCAAUGAUGAUACUGACAUCAGAAUCGACUUGGCCAAGUACUUUGCUUGUGGUGACGACGACGUAAGAGCAGACUUUUUUGGUAUGAACAUGUACGAAUGGUGUGGUCUGUCGACCUUUGAGGAAUCUGGAUACGAAAAGAUUACCAAGGCUUACAAGAACUUGGGUAUUCCUAUUUUCUUCUCCGAAUAUGGUUGCAACCGGGUGAGUCCUAGAAAGUUCCAGGAAGUUGGUACCAUCUACUCCGACGAAAUGACCGAUGUGUGGUCCGGUGGUAUUGUGUAUAUGUACUUCCAGGAAUCUAAUGACUACGGUUUGGUAUCCAUUGACGGAGAUGAUGUGUCUACCUUGGUUGACUUUAACAACUUGAAGUCGCAAUUGCAAAGCAUUUCUCCAUCUUACGCUCAAUCCUCCGAUGUCUCCAGCACCACCGUCACUUCUUGUCCAACUGAAGGUGACGACUGGGAAGCUGCCACUGUGUUGCCCCCAACUCCAGAUGACCAGAUCUGUAACUGUAUGGCCAAGUCCUUGGAAUGUGUGGUUGACUCAGGUGUCGACUCCGACCACUAUGACGACUUGUUCUCUGAGGUUUGUGGAUACAUUGACUGUUCUGGUAUCAACGCCAAUGGUACUAGCGGAGACUACGGUGCUUACUCAGGAUGUUCCUCCAAGGACAGAUUGAACUUUGUUCUUAACUUGUACUACCAAGACCAAGACAAGUCUUCUGAUGCCUGUGACUUUGAUGGUAAAGCUACCAUCACCAGUUCAAAAGACACUGCUUCCACUUGUUCCGCCAUCUUGAAGUCUGCUGGUUCUUCUGGUUUGGGAACUGUCAGCGGUUCCGUCAGAGCUACCUCUCACAACAUCACCGCUUCUUCCUCCAGCACUUCUGGUGCCUCUGGCUCUGAUGAUGAUGAUGAAAGCGACAGCAGCUCCAGCUCCAGCUCCAGCUCCAGCUCCAGCUCCGGUGCUCCUCAAAUCAACGCCUUCCCAGUCUUGUUGGUUUCUGUGUGCUUGAUGUUCGGUGCUGGUGUUUUAUUGGCUUAGGUUUGUAUAGUGAUUCCUGAUUUGCAAUAAACAAGUCUACUUUUUUUUUGG